AUCCUUUCUAAGUAAAUCCCUAGCGCACAGUAAUGUCUGUUCUUUGGGAAACUUGAACAUUUCUUGCCAAAUGAGCUUAGCAACUAACCUCCUGCAGCCUCUUGCAUCAAUUCCGACUCUAACUGUCAGAGCAAAACCUUCAGUUCCCUCGCGUAAUGGCAUAACAAGUGCACGGAAGAAAAGGGUAUUGAUACGUUGUGAUACAAAAAGAAGCUCAGACGAUUAUCGCGCCACACUCAAAGCCCUCAAUUCCAGAGGCCGCAGACCUAGAAAAUCACUGGGCCAGCAUUACAUGUUGAAUUCUGAAGUAAACGAACAGCUUGUUUGUGCUGCUAAUGUGGAAGAGGGAGAUCUGGUUCUUGAAAUUGGACCUGGCACUGGUUCUUUGACCAAUCUUCUUUUGGACACUGGAGCCACUGUUCUUGCUAUUGAGAAAGAUGCGCACAUGGCUGCUAUAGUUAGGGAAAGAUUUUCCCAUACAGACCGUUUCAAGCUUUUGCAGGAGGACUUUGUCAAAUGUCACAUUCGAUUCCAUAUGCUAUCGCUGCUGGAAAAUAUGACUUCUUUGAAUGAAAAGCCAAGACGUGCCAAAGUGGUUGCUAAUAUACCAUUUAAUAUAAGUACAGAUGUAGUUAAACAACUACUUCCGAUGGGUGACAUUAUCUCAGAAGUUGCUCUUUUACUCCAGGAGGAGACAGCUUCGCGUUUGGUGGAGUCUUCUCUAAGAACAUCAGAAUACCGACCCAUCAAUGUCUUCGUCAAUUUUUACUCAGAUCCUGUAUACAAAUUUAAGGUCCCAAGAUCAAACUUUUUCCCUCAGCCCAAUGUUGAUGCAGCAGUUGUCACAUUUAAGCUAAAGCAAACUGCAGAUUAUCCAGCAGUUUCCUCCUCUAAAAGUUUCUUCUCAUUGGUAAAUUCUGCAUUUAAUGGGAAACGCAAGAUGUUGCGAAGGUCACUUCAGCACAUAUGCACAUCUCCUGAGAUUGAACAGGCUCUAAUAAAUGUUGGUCUUCCCGCUACUUCAAGACCUGAGGAGCUUACCUUGGAUGAUUUUGUAAAGUUGCACAAUUUGAUUGCAAGGGUGUAGAUAGUAUUACUGUAUUAACAAGAGCAUGCCCAACAAAAACAGUCUGUCUUGGUGUCUUGUAUAGCUCAUUUUGGAGUUGCACUGGGUUCAUGUUUGACAGAACAAUUAAAUAUGAAAGCCAGCGUUGAGGAAUAAGGCGCAACAUCUAAACAUUUCAGACAACACCUUGCCGCAGAAGAAUAACGAAAAACAUGGAGAUGAAUGAAGAGGCUGAUGAUGAGACAAUUCAUGUUUCCAUAUGUUUGAAGAGUAGAAGCAUCAUCCAAAUAUAGAAUGCGAAAGUUCAGAAGUUAACCAGAUACUAUGCAUAAUUAACCUGUAUUCUUAUUAUGUUCAAGCAAUAAAAAUCGUACUAGUCAUCAAGAUUGAAACAAAAA